AUGAAUCAGUUCAACGGACUACGGACCUGCAGUAAUAGUAAAAGUUCGAACAGAAAUGGUUUGCAGCAGGACGGUAGCGGCCGAGUAUCGAAGCGAGCCAAGCCACUGGAUCCGGAAGAGGAUGACUACUACUACGAGGACGUCGUGGACGAGCGUAACAAUCCAACAAACGAGGCGCCCGUAGUGCCGCCGGGAUUUCUUAGUCCUUCGGUACGGGAGUACCUUGAUCUCGGCAAGUCGAUACCUGGUCGACCGGGCACGGAUUAUCCAGUACUGGGCAAAGUGCCUUACACCGAGUUCUACUGCGACGAGCAGGCUUACCCGGGCUUCUUCGCGGACGUCGAGACGCGCUGCCAAGCCUGGCACUAUUGCGACAUCGACGGGCGUCAAGCGACUUUCUUGUGUCCCAACGGCACGCAAUUCAGCCAGGCCGUGUUCGUCUGCGACUGGUGGUUCAAUGUGCGCUGUGAACUGAGUCCCAAACUUUACGCCAUCAAUAGCCGGCUCUAUCAGCGGCCGACCGAAAGUCCUACGAGGCCGCAUCGAAUUAUUACCAAGGAACUCGUGGAGAAUAUAUUCGUUAAGAGAAAAUGAACUCGGUUACAUGAGCCCGCAAGAGAGAUAUAUUGGCAAGAUCCGUGCAAACUUUUUCCUCUCUCACUCUUACUUUUUCUUUCUCCCUUUUCUCCUGUUUCUAUAACACCCUUUUUGAUACCUUUAAACUUUCCGAUAUCAGUGAUUUCUCGCUCACGAAGUAAUUUUUCUACUAAAACGGAAGAGCUCAUAUUUUCGUCCGAAACGUCAUCAACAGAGAAAUCGUCUGUAUGUAUGAACUCCGAGACAUUAUCGGUGCUCAUCGAACCUGAUGGA